CUGCGGCAGCAGUCGAGAGGUUUCCAGAAGCGAGAUUUCACGCGUGACAGACACAUUCAGAGCGAGUCCACGGCUUCAUUCAUUCCCAGCACAACAUCUGUAUUCACCCAAGAUGGCGAAGUGGGGAGAAGGAGACCCUCGCUGGAUCGUGGAGGAACGAGCGGACGCCACAAACGUCAACAACUGGCACUGGACAGAGAGGGACGUCACAAGCUGGUCAUCAGAGAAGCUGAAGGACCUACUCAUGGGGUUGCAGGUGGAGAGUGAAGAGGGCAAGUGUGAGAUUACAGAGGUCAGCAAGGUGGAGGGAGAAGCUUCCAUCAACAACCGCAAAGGAAAGCUUAUAUUCUUCUAUGAGUGGAAUCUGAAGGCUGCCUGGACAGGGACAUCAACAUCGGGUAUUAAAUACAAGGGGAAUAUUGAAGUUCCAAAUCUUUCAGAUGAAAAUGACAUCGAUGACUUUGAUAUCAGUGUCAGUCUUUGUAAAGAUGAGCCGGAAACGGCGCUGCUGUCUCUGAUGAGGAAGGAGGGAGCCAAUAAAAUCCGCACGGCUCUUGCCAGCUAUGUGGGCUUCCUCAAAACAGAGUUCACACAAGGCAUGAUCCUGCCCACAGCCAACGGCAUGACCAAACAGCCAACAGGCCAGGCUAUAACUGAGACCAGCAAAACUCAGAUUGGCUCCUGUAGCACUGCUCCUCCUCCUUCCAACACAGGAGUAAAAAUCCCCACCUGCAAGUUUUCGAUAAGGGACACUUUCCUCACCUCACCAGAAGAGCUGUAUCGGGUCUUUCUCAAUCAGGAGCUGGUUCAGGCGUUCACACGCAGCGGUGCUAUGGUCGAAGCGGAAAAAGGUGGCAAAUUUCGCCUGUUGAAUGGAAACGUGAACGGAGAGUUCCUGGAGCUGGUAUCAGAGCAGAAGAUAGUCAUGAAGUGGAGGUUCAACACGUGGCCUUGUGAGCACUAUGCGACAGUGACAUUGACUUUCACAGACAAGGGUAAUGAGACAGAGCUAAAGGUGGAUUGUCGAGGAGUUCCCGAGAGCGAAGAGGAGCGAACACGAGACGGAUGGCAGAGGUACUACUGCCACGCUAUUAAACAGACAUUUGGCUAUGGCGCACGACUCUGCUGAGCACAGGAUGUAGCAGCCUCGGAGAGUUCUUGUUGGGUUUUUUUUGGCUCUUUCUUUAACCGUUUUUAUUUCUCUUCAUUUGGCUCCACCUACAAAAACAGAGGAUCUAAAUGUGACUCUACUGAAACAGCAGGCAUCAUCAAAUUGCUCUUAUCACGUUAUUUGGAUGAUUUUGAUGUUUACAGUUAUUAAAUGAUUGGAAAUCAGAACUGAAAAGAGUGUUAAAGAGGGGACGUGAGUCAUAUCUGUGUAUGUGUGUAAUAUAGUUGACUUGUUUUAGCAUGACGGCACUCCUGUCCUGUUCUGUGAGGGCUCACAGGGUCGAACGGUGCCUUUUAUGCACUGGCUGGCUUUUGGGAAGGGUCUCAGAGUUAUGAAAAGAUUGGAUGUUUGGAGAAGCAACAAUAAAGAGAGAUUUCAGAGCACUCGGUUAAUGUUUUUUUCUGAUGGAAUUAUUACUCAUGUACUUUUGUCACCGCAUCUUAUAGUAUUAUGAUCAUGUGAUUUUUAUUCAUAGCAUUUAUAUUGCUCAAGAAAACUACAAGAUGUUUCUUUUGUGACUACAUUAAAAAGAAAGUCAUGUAAAAUGCACAACUGGUUAUUUUUUAGAUCACUGCUUUUCUAUUUGCUUUGUAUGACUGCAAGUACUGUAUUUUUAGCUGCUGACAUGUUUGAAAAGCUUGAAAAGGGAACCAGAAGUCAUUUAGUAACCCAAGAAAAUGUGGGAUAUAUUGCCCCAGAAAAUAUGAUCCCGAUGAGUUUUAUUUAUUUCCUUGUACAUUUUUCGGCAUCACACUUUUUGUGACCAGGCAAAGAGCGUCAUUUCCUUCAAAUAAAAGUACCUUUGAAACAUCA